AUGUUCCCCACGCGUGCCCUCCUGGGGCGUUCCGUCUGGAAAGGCCCAAACAUCGUCCCUCUCCCUCUCCCCCGGAAACUCCCUCCUCCUCCCGGCACACCCCCGAUCAAGACGCAAAAGCGCGGAGCUACGAUUCUCCCUAACUUCGUGGGCCUGCGAUUCUCGGUGCACAACGGCAAGAACUACCAGGAUGUUUUGAUCACUGAGGAGAUGGUCGGACGGAAGCUUGGUGAAUAUGUCGCGACUCGGAAGAGGUUUACGUAUAAGCAGUCGAAGAACAAAUAG